AUGCCGUCACUUUCUUUGGAAGAAACAGGCAAGGGUAAACAAAUACUCGAAAUAGGACUCGGCGGUGGAAACUACGAUAUGAGACUACAUAGAAUAAAACCUUAUGCUAAUAUCACUGUUGUUGAAAUAGAUCCAAUAGUGGUGAAGAUGGCGUACAAAUGGUUUGGAGUUGUCGAUUCGGAAUUCCAUCAUACAGUAGUGCAGGAUGGAAUAGAGUUUUUAGAGCAAGCAUAUAAUCAAGGAAGAAAGUUCGACAUGGUGGUUAUCGACGCAUGCGGUUCAUACUCCUCGCCAUUGUUAUGUCCCGCUGACCCUUUCCAAGACGCAAUAAUUCUGGGAAAAAUUAAAGAAAUGCUGACUAAAACAGGAACACUAAUUGUGGACCUCCUAUCGUCGGAUCAUACGGAAAAUGGUAAUUAUGCUUGGAAAAAGGGCAAUAUUGUGGCUACCUGUACAACGAUGUCGAUGUCAGAUAUUCCUGAUCUCGCGAUUCAUAUUGACAAUCGACUGGCUACUAUUAUGUCCACUCUUCGCUUGAACCACAUUCUGGACGUUGCUUACACUACAAUUUUACAUGCGAAAUGA